AAUCUGAUCUCUGAUAGAGAUAUAAAUGACUAAGAUUUCAGAAUUUGCCCUAUAUAAAGAACUUGAGCUUCAAAUUUAGAACUACUCCACAAACAUUCAAAUAAUAAGAAUUCACAAGAUCUUAUUCAUCACAGGUCAUACAAAACAAGUAAUGGAUAUUCAAAGAUCCUCAUACACUUUCAUUGCAGUUUUUGUCAUUGUAAUGUUCCUCGCCAUAGGAUCAGAAGCAAGAGCAGAGAUAUAUGAUCCCAAGUGUCCGGGGGUAUGCUCACCUGGAAUUGUACCAGACUGCAAGACACUAUGUGGUAGCUUAGGGAUUAACAUGUUGCUGCAAACCCAAAAUCCUCUAAACCCUCUAUAUGAUAUCCCACCUCCGUUAAUUAGAUCAUCAUACACAUUCAUUGCAGUUUUUGUCAUUGUAAUGUUCCUCGCCAUAGGAUCAGAAGCAAGAGCAGAGAUAUAUGAUCCCAAAUGUCCGGAGGUAUGCUCACCUGGAAUUGUACCAGACUGCAAGACACUAUGUGGAUCAGAAGCAAGAGCAGAGAUAUAUGAUCCCAAGUGUCCAGGAGUAUGCUCACCUGGAAUUGUACCAGACUGCAAGACACUAUGUGGUAGCUUAGGGUAUCAUGCUGGAGGCUACUGUAAAGGAUUAACGUGUUGCUGCAAAACCAAAAUCCUCUAAACCCUCUAUAUGAUAUUCCACCUCCUUUAAUUGUUUACGUUAAUCUUGAUUGCUCUCUUAUCAUAUAAAAUAAAAAUCUAAUAAAGUUUUAAACUUAUAUACAAAACAUAUAUGUAUUGAAACUUUUGGCUAAAC